UAAUAAAUGCAUUUAUAAAAAAAUUAAAUUUUUGCAAAAAGUGUAAUAAUUUUAAUUUAAAAACGGGUAACACUGAAGCCGCGAUCGAAGCGCGAUACCUACACGAUACGUAAUACAUAAAUACGCGAUGCGACGCCAUAAUGGAGUUACUGAGUAAUGGAAGAACUAGUAAACGGGAUAUCGUUGACAGUUCCGAAGAGGACGACGAAGUGUACGAUGCAUAUAUAAAAGCGGUAAAAUAUGAUAAGCUCAAAAGCCAGCAACAGCCCAAAUUUGGCGUCUGGCAAUACUUCGAUGUGGCGGACGCCGAAAAGAAACUGGCCACCUGCAGCUUUUGUAAGGAAGUGUUCUCGUACAAAGGAACGUCGGGUAACCUGAGGCAACACCUGAAGAGAAGGCAUAAUGUUACCAAUAACAAGAAAUUUGAUAUCAACGAAGAGGACGUCCCAAGUCAGGAACGUAAUAACAGCAAAAGACGCUCAACCAAGUCUCUCACGUGGGAAUAUUUUGAGGUGAAAGACAAGGAGCGACGUAUAGCAGUGUGCAAGCUGUGUGGCAAUGACUUCUCGUAUUAUUCCUCUGUGUCCAAUCUCAUGAGGCAUAUAAGAAAGAUGCACAGCGACGAAGUACCUGGGAAACAUUCCGAGGAUGACUCCAAGUCGGACGGUGAUGAGUCGAAAUCAGAAUCGUCAUCGGACAGUCGAUCCGCAGUGUGGUCGUAUUACAAAUGCUUAGAUACAGUCAAUAAAAUAUCAGCUUGUUUAAUAUGUAAUAAAAGAUUCUCAUAUUUGUCCACUACCAGCCAUUUGAGACGUCAUCUGAAAAGGAAACAUCCCGAAAUCGAUUUAUCUGGCACAGGGGAGACUAAAACAGUGUUAAUAUCCAGCAAUGGACAAUUAUAUGAAAUAGAGGAGACUAAGGGAGAACAUGAAGUGGAUGAUGAGGAACCGCAAGACACAAUGGACGUAGAUACGUUGUAUCUAGAAGAAUUCGAAGAGAACUUGUCCGCAGACGAGGAAAAUAGAGAAGACUCCAAUGUAACGCAAAACGCGCGAGAUAGUACACUGUUACAAAAUGGCGGCGCGAAAAUGGCGCGAAAACGCCGACUCGUCGAUGACAGUGACAGUGACAUUGACAGUAGUGGCGAGUUCUCGUUCCAGAAUCGGUACGUUAGAAAAAAAAAUGACAGCCUGGAACACUUUGGCAAGUAUUUGGUGUCGCUGUUAAAAGAGUUGCCGAGAGAGCUGUCGAAUCAGUUUCAAAGUGAUUUUAUUAAGCAAAUCAUCAAUGCUCAGUUGUCAUGUAACAGUACGAAGAAAGUGCAUAGGAACGUGCCUUCUAACGGUUAUUCGAUACAUAUAGAUCAGGAACGAGAAACGCCGGGAGAGUUGCACUAUGUCACAGUGCAGGCGGAGAAUGAGAGUUGAGUAGUAAUAAAUUGUUUAUAAAAAUGUUGUU